AUUUUCCUUAUCAACUCAUCUUAUCACCUCUGGAUUCCAAUUUAUAUUUUCAAUGGAGGAGAAUUCAAAUCUCCUGUUAUGAUAACUCUGAUAAUUGCAGAGUUUUUGUUAUCAUUAUUUUGUGUUUUUUAUUCUAUCAAAUUGAAUGCGGGCUCAACCACAAAAGCGUUUCACACCAAUAUGAAUUCUCUUUACGCUUAUUUUGUUUUUAGUUGGAUGUUUUCUGGAGUCGGAAAUUCUCUAACAACACCUUAUUUAACUGGAACAUGGAAAGUAGAUGAUAAUUCAACAAAUUAUCGAUCCUGGUGGACUGAUGACAUGGCAGAAAUGACCCCAAUCAAAUCUGUCCAGGAGGCGUGGCCAUUAUUUCUUGGAGGAUUUUUAACUUGGUAUUAUAUGUUUGUAAUGACCACUUGUUUGUUCAUAAUGUCUCUGGAGAGGAUUUGUGCAAGUUAUUUUAUUGGGAACUAUGAAAACACUUCCAGGCUUUAUCUCUUUUUUCUUUUAUUUUUAUUCCAGCAAUUCAUAAUUCUCACUACUAUUUACCUGGUAUUUUAUAAUCGAGUACAUUUCAUUCCAGUUGUCUCAUUUUUGUUACAAUACAAUUUGAAAAUUAUCAGAAAGUUCAAAAAGAAGCCGGCACAGCAAAGUGGGAGGUUUCAUACACUACCGGUCAGAUUUCAAGCCAAGGAAAAUUUGAGGGUUUUCAAUCUAACAGUUCGGGUAUUCGUUUGCGGAUUUGUCAUGAUCAUGAGUGCACUGAUUUUGGUGAUAGUGAUAACUUUCAAAUGUGUAUCCAGCUGGGACACAUUUCUGACAUAUUGCUUCAAUAAUAUUGUGCAUUUGUGA